AUGCGCGCUGCUCUUUUGUCUUUGGGCGCCCUUGCCCUACCUCUUGUCGCCGCUACUGAGGUUGAUGUUUGCGAUGCGGAGACCAACCUGUGCCUCAGCGGCCUGCUCGAACGCGAUGACCCCGCUUGGUUGUGCGAGGAGGUGACUCCCGAGAAUGUUAUCGGCCAGGAGAUGGUGCCGUCCUGUGCUACCGCUCAGGAUGUUGUUUCGGCCUGCGAAUGUAUCCUUUACGAUUCCGACUUCUGUGAGGAGGAGCCGGAGCCCACUACUACUGCCGGCGGCAGCGACCCGGAACCCACGACCACCGACGACACUGAGGAGCCCCCCGCAACCACCGUCACCGUUGGCCCCACCGGCGGCUCCGGCCCGGAGACCACUGCUCCCCCAGAGACCACCAUGUGGACCACUAGCACCAUUACCACGACCCGCACUUACACCAUCACCUCCUGCCCGCCCGAGAUCACUCGUUGCCCCGGUGGUGGCGUUCCGAUCGUGACUUCAGAGGUCAUCAUCACCACGACCGUUUGCCCCGUCACUGAUGGUCCUGAGCCGACCUUUGUCCCGCCCCCGGCCCAGCCGUCGUAUGGCAAUCAUACCCUGCCCUCCAUCGAGCCUAGCAAGCAACCCGAGAACCCUGCUGUCCCGCCUGCCGAGACUGGGUCUGCUGGUCCCCAAGUCCCGCCGCCUGCUGAGACCAAGAGCUUCGGCACCAUCACUGUCCCGACUGCCAAGCCCCCGACGCCCACCGGCGCCAUCCCCGAGCCCCCGAUCGUCACUGCCGGUGCUGGCCGCGUCGUCGCUGGCUUCUCUGUUGCCAUCGCUGUUGCUGGUGUCUUCGCCGCUCUGUUCUAA